CAAGAAUUGGGAUCACUUUACCAUUUGCUGACAAGCAGAAUAAUGAGCACACACACGGACGAGCAGUGGCUGGCUGAGGCCCAGCAGUGGGCAGAAUGGGACGUGAACGCCGGCACCAAAGCGCAGGUGGAGCAGCUCGUGGCGGCCAAGGACGUGGCCCGCAUCCGCGAGCUGUUCGGCAGUCGCGUAGCCUUCGGGACCGCCGGCCUGCGCGCCGUGAUGGGACCUGGUCCCGCGGCCAUGAACGACCUGGUGGUGAUCCAGGCGUCGCAGGGCAUUUGCAAGUAUCUGACGCAGCAGUUUGGCGACCGGGCCAAGAGUAUGGGUGUGGCACUAGGCUACGACCAUCGCCAGCAUGAAACACUCAGCUCCAAACGCUUUGCGGAGCUCACAGCCGCCGUGUGUCUGCAUUACGGCUUCAAGGUGUAUCUCUACGAGGGCUUCGUGGCCACGCCGCUGGUGCCGUUCUGCAUCGAGCAGAAGGGCUGCGCGGCCGGCGUGAUGGUCACAGCCUCGCACAACCCCAAGGCCGACAACGGCUACAAGGUUUACUGGAGUAAUGGCAGUCAGAUCAUCCCACCGCACGACGAAGGUAUCGCCAGCGAGAUCAUGACCAAUCUGGCCCCGUGGAGACUGUACGACGACUCGCUCGAGGACCUCAAGAAGGCCUUCCCUGCUCUCAUCGAGAACCCCAGAGAGGAGCUCACUGCGCGCUACUUCGAGCGGGCCCGAGCAAGUCUGUGCCGCUUUCCGGAGGCCAACGCCAACACGCCGCUUAAGAUCGCCUAUACAGCCAUGCACGGUGUUGGCCACGCGUUCACGAGCCGCUCCUUCGCAGCGUUCGGUCACAAGGAAUACGUUCCCGUGCAGGCCCAGCUUCUGCCUGACCCUGAGUUCCCCACUGUGGCUUUCCCCAACCCGGAAGAGGGGAAGGGAGCACUGCAGCUCGCCAUGGAGACAGCUGAAGCCAACGGAGCGAGACUGAUCCUGGCCAACGACCCCGAUGCUGAUCGCUUAGCAGUGGCCGAACGCGAUCCGAGCUCGAAAUCUGGCUGGCGGAUCUUCACGGGCAACGAGAUCGGCGUCCUGUUGGGCUAUUGGGAGCUUGAGCAGUAUCUACGCUUAAACCCGAACUGUGACCGCAAGCAGCUGUACUUUAUUGCGUCGACGGUGUCGUCCAAGAUGCUGCGAGCUGUCGCGAACACCGAAGGACUGAACUUUGAGGAAACUUUGACGGGUUUCAAGUGGAUGGGCAACAAGACCGCCGAGCUGCGUGAUGCUGGCAAGACUGUGUUGUUCUCGUUCGAGGAGGCCAUCGGAUUCUGCGUUGGGGAUCUAGUGAAGGACAAGGACGGGGUAGUCGCUGCCGCUGUGUUCGCCGAGAUGGCUGUCCAGCUCGAAGCCACGAAGAAGAUGACGGUGGGCCAACACCUCAACGUUCUAUACGAACGCUACGGCCACUUUGUGACGCAAAAUCACUACGUAAAAUGCUACGACCCCGUCAAGAUUCGCGCUAUCUUCGAGCGUCUGCGCAACAACGGGAAGUACUGGGAGAGCUGUGGCGACUUUGCGAUUACUCAUGUGCGUGACCUCACCACAGGCUACGACAGCUCCCAGACAGACAAACGCGCUGUGCUUCCUGUCAGCAGUUCGACCGAAAUGAUCACCUACACUUUCGCCAACGGAUGUGUUGCUACGCUACGUACAAGCGGCACCGAGCCCAAGCUGAAGUACUACGUCGAACUUGCUGGUCGUGUGGGCCAGACACGAGAAGAAGUCACGCUGGAGUUGAGGAAGCAAGUGGAGCAGAUCGUGGAGCUCAUGCUGCAGCCAAAGGAUAACGGUUUAGAGCUGCCACCUGCAGACAAGUAAGUAUACCAGUUUCUAAUGUACUUGUCAUUGAUAGCCUUUUGUUCUGUUGCUUCUUGUUGACCUCUUUUGGCUUUUGUAGAGAGUGUAUAAUUCAUUUUCUGGCCUACCCUUGAGGGUGUUUGUUGAUCUUCUGAGUGUAAAUUGGUGGGGAGGUC